CCCUAAUAUCAAUGUUUGAAAAGAGGGAAGAUGACACAGAUCCUACCAAGAAAAGCAACGUGAGGUUGGAUGACAGGAAGCCACUAGGAGCAAAUAUCGCAUCUCGAACUUUAAGUCCUUUGGGGGGUAUGAGUCCCAUCGUUAAGAAUGAAUUAUCCCCAUCAAGACUUGCUAGUACUACAGCAUGGGAACGGGCUUCAUCUCCUUCAUCUCUUUCUUCAGCGGUCGGCAUUGCCCGAGAGAAGCCUCGUCGUCCUCAGAAUGUAGCUACAGAGGCAAAGGCACGCCCACCUGCUCCUCCACCAACAAGGACGAAGAAUACGGUCCAGGCGUCCACGCAACCUAAUGCCUUAGAAUCCAAAGGCAAACAGCGUGCAUCAACGCCUCCGCCGAAAUCUAUAAGCCGUGUCGAAACAUCGAUUCUUUCACCACAGCCAAGACGAAAUACUUCUAAACAGAUUAUACUUGAUGAUAUACGGGCACAAGACUCUGUACCCAAAGGUGUAACGCCUCCGCUUGCCAAACCUAAGCCGAAACCCCCAACGCCCGUACGCGCCAUUACAAAGCCAUCCCUACCAGAGGAUGAUCCACGCCGAAUUUCAACUUCGUCAAAUGACACUUUCGUGUCCGCUUCCUCGGCGCCCUCACCUCAACCCAAUUCUCCACGACGAGGCAGAUCACGACCAUCAACACCCGAUACGGUGCGACCAAUGCGACCUGCAUCAUCUCAGACCACAUCCACCGCGAUCUCCACUGCGCGUCCGCCAGCCCUCCCCCCUCGACAGUCACGGCCCAAUUCAACCUUACCACUUGAGUCCCUCACCGACGCCAUCAUGGCAGGCUCUCUAGCAUCGUCCCGCAUCACGCCUUCGAAAACACCUCCGCCAAAACCACCAUCACGCAGACAGACGCCGCAUAUGCGUCAGACGUUGCGACGGCCUACUUCUAUUUCUGACGAUGAGGAAAAACGCCGAAAAGCUCGGAAAUUAAGCGGGAAAAAGAAACAUUCUCACCACGAGGGGGCGCGGAAGCGUUGGCGUGAGGAGAUUACUGCAAGGGAGAGGAAGCGAUACGAAGGCGUAUGGGCGAGUAAUCGCGGUCUGCUCCUCGUCUCACCGGAGGGUUCAAGAGCCUCGUCUACGAACGGACAAUCACAAACACUAGCACAGACAGCGGGAGGGGGUGACAGGGAGCAGGGCGUGGCUAACGUAGUGGUAAGGGACUUGUGGGCGCGCAGCCGCUUGCCAAUCGACGAGCUUGCGGAAGUGUGGGAUCUGGUGGAUAGAAGGGGUAGGGGAUACCUAGACCGCGCGGAGUUCGUGGUCGGUAUGUGGCUCGUGGAUCAGAGGCUCAGGGGUAGGAAAAUUCCCCGGAAGGUCACGGAGAGCGUGUGGGGGAGCGCGAAGGAUGUUAGAGUUGCGGGGGUCGGGGGUAAGAAGUAGGAAGUUAGAGCGUUAAGGAGGUGAAGGGAGUGAUGUAUACUUUAGGUUUGGGUACGAUAAGGUUUGCAGAGCUGGUUUGUAAGAUGCAUAGAUGGGUGGGUAUAUGGGAGCUUGGUAAACGGAUUCGGGUUCGGGUUCGAGUCCUAGGAACACUCGAGGCUAUUGGUAUCUAGCCAUAUUCUCUCUUCCUGAAACAUGGGAAGGUUAGAGAAUAAACGAGAGAAAUCCGGAGCGAAGUGAGUUGAAGUAAAGUAAAGCAUAUGAGUUGGCUAGUAGUAAUGAUACCCCUGGUAGACUUAGGAUAGAAUGUUUAGAUGGCAAUGCUUAUUCUGUGGGUUUGAGGCUCUGGUUUUCGGGACCAUGGAUCGAAUCACAUGGAAUUUGUUGUAGAUAUAUUCAGAUUCAAGAUCGAAGGUUUCACUUUCAUCGUGACUUGCCCUG